AUGAAGCUCACCAGGGCCACUCUCCUUGUCGCAGCCGCGUCGGCUUUGGCCAGCCCCGUCGCUAAAGAAGGUCCCAGCGGCGCAUCGAGGACUGAUAUAAACAAGCCGGCGUACGGAGACUAUGGAGGCCACAGAGACUAUGGAGACCACAGAGACUAUGGAGACGACAAAUACCAUGGAGACGACAAAUACCAUGGAGACGACAAAUACCAUGGAGACGAUAAAUACCAUGGAGACAACAAAUACCAUGGAGACAACAGAAACCAUGGAGACAAUAAAUAUCAAGGAGACAAUAAACAUCAUGGCAAUAAAGCCCGAGACAACAAGGACCACGGAGACAACAAGGACCACAACAAGGACCAUGGAAAAAACAAGGACCACAACAAGGACCAUGGAAACAACAACGACCACAACAGAGAUCAUGGAGACCACAACGACCACAACGACCACAACGACCACAACAAGGGCCACGGAGACAACAAAAACCACAAUAAGGACCAUGGAGACAACAAAGACCGCAACAGAGACCAUCAACACGAUGGCGAACACGGUCGGCACACGGACUAA